AUGGCAACUGCUGUUGAACCAACAAAAAGUGAACUUUCAAUCAAAGUUCCAACUAUUUUAGCAACAAGACAUUUUAAUUCACACGUUGAAGAAACUGAGCCAGAGGUCGAUGAAUUUAGCGAUGCCUUCGCUACUCCUAAAGAUGAGAACGACCCCUAUAAUUAUAAUGACUACGCUCCAAAUUUUAAAGCUCCUAAUGAAUUAGAUAGUCAGAAUUCGACCUCUUUUGAAGAAAGUGAUAAAAUUGAUAGAGUUUCAUCCUCUGCAUCCUCAGUUUAUGACGAUGACUCGUUCAGUGAAUCUGCCGAUUUGACCGAUCAUACUGCUACUCUCGAUGAAAAAGGUCACAUUCCAAAUGGUGAAUCUUUUCAAGCUGGUUCUUCUGAUAAGUCAUUGGAAAAGGAUGUAGAAAAAAAUGUUCUUUUACCCACGUCCUCUGACAUAGACAAUUCGAAUAUAGAUCAAAUUAAAUCUGUGAAUGUCGUUGACGAACAUUCUAAUAAAUCUGUAAAUGCAACAGAUAAUCAUGUAAUUACUGAAGAUUCAAAAGAUAAGAAUGAUUCUACCGAAUUACUUAAAGAUGAGGCAAUUCGAAAUAGUAGUUAUUCCUCAACUUCAUCUGAUGAUGGGAGAAAUGACUAUGAAUCAAGUGAUUUCGCUGAUUCAACUGCCUCAAAAUCAAGCAGUUUUUCUUCAAUUUCGUUUCAGCAACAAAUUAAUAAAAAGGAUAUUAAAAGCUAUGAAAUUAUUGAAGAUGAUAAUAAAGGUGAUGAGAAUCGUAUGUCUAUUGCUUCUCUGGGUGAACAUCCCGAAUUGAAUGAUAUAUCUCUGGAAGAUGAUUCCGUUAACUCUGAAGAACCAUCAAAAGAAUGGGGUUUUUCUGACUGGGGAUUUCCGAAAACUCCCAAUUCUAUACGUGCCUUAUCAACAAUCUUCAGUGGUCGUUCUCCUACUCCUUCGGUGAUUUCUAAAAAUGAUGAAAAUCGUUUUUCUGUUGGUUCUGUGUCGUCGACCGGAUCCAAUUAUGAUCUUUUAUUGGCGAGACUUGAAAAAGAAAAUCAAAUUUUACAAGAAGAUCCAAAAGCAAGAAGAAUGUCCCUUCAAGGAGUGGCUGAAAUUAAGGCUAGUUUUGAACGUGUUCAUAGCGAAGCAGUUGAAGCUAAUGUUGAAGAUGACAUCGACUGGGACUUUUGGGGUCAAAUCGUUUCUGACUAUGAGACGGUUGCCAGGUCGCAACCUAGUAAAUUGUCAAAAAUGAUUCAAAAAGGAAUUCCACAAGCAUUACGUGGCAUGAUAUGGCAACUCAUGUCCAAAUCUAAAGACACUGAAUUGGAGUCCACUUACGCUCAACUAUUAAAGGAAACAAGUCCUCAUGAAAAAAUGAUUUUGAGAGAUUUGAAUCGUACUUUUCCUAAACAUGAAUAUUUUCAAGAUCAAGAUGGAAUAGGUCAAGAAGGCUUGUUCAACGUCGUAAAAGUGUAUUCUCUUUAUGACAAAGAUGUUGGAUAUUGUCAAGGUAUAUCAUUUAUCGUUGGUCCUUUACUUUUGCAAAAGAUGCCUGAUGAAGAAGCAUUUUGUGUUCUUGUCAAAAUAAUGAAAUUUUAUAAUUUACGUGGUCACUUUUUACCUGGUAUGGAUGGUCUUCAAUUAAGACUUUUCCAGUUUGACCAUCUCGUUGAAGAAAUGUUACCCAAACUUCAUCAGCAUCUCCGAUCUCAAGGAAUAAAUUCAUCAAUGUAUGCAUCACAAUGGUUUAUGACACUUUUUGCAUACAAAUUCCCUCUAUCAUUGGUUUUCCGGAUAUAUGAUACUAUUUUUAUGGAAGGAAUUGAAUCUAUCUUUCGAUUUAGCAUUGCUUUGCUAAAAAAAAAUGAAAAGAAAUUGAUAGAAAUGGAUUUUGAACCUCUUUUAGAAUAUUUAAAGAGUGGUUUAUUUGAAAGUUAUCAGGUCACAGCCACCGGUGUUCUUGCACAAUUAGUUACAGAUACUCAAUACAAGACAAAUGAAUUUGUUAAAGAUGCGUAUAAUGUUAAGAUUACAACCAAGAAGCUUUCUAAAUAUCAACAGGCGUACUACGCACAACAAGAAGCUGAAAAACGACGAUUAAUGUCAGAAGCCGAAGCCAUAGAGAAGAUAAAGACAAAUAAUUAUCACUUAACUAAUCAGGUCAAGCAUUUGGAGGGUAGUUUACAAACACUUAAUCGUGAACAUGUCGAAUUGGCUAAUGAACUUGUAAACACCAAAGUAGAGCUUGCCAAGGUUAAAGAUGAUAAUGAGGAACUUCAGAUGACAGCUGCAGACUUGCGUAAAACUUUAGUAGCCCAGCCAAUUGAAAUUGAAAACAAGUAUAGAGGACAAAUUGAUUCGUUAGCACAAAAAAAUAUGGAAUUAAUAGAUCGCAAUAAUUCUUUAGAGGAUCAGCUUGCAGGUUUAGAAAAAAUGUUAAUUGAGAUGAAAAUGCGCUACGCAGAAAGUGAAAAUGAAAGAGAACUACUGAAACGAAGGUUGAAUGAUCUAAAAAAAGCUUUGGGGGCCCGGACUUAG